AUGUGCUCGGUUUUUUUUUGCGCAAAGGUUGAAGCAUUUCGAAAAGCGAUUAAUGAACAUUUUUCAAAACAAAUUAGUAAUGGUGAAGAAUAUGAUGUAUGUGAUAUCAAACGUUUCAAUGAAAUCAAUGAAUAUACAUUUAUGUUUAUACAAUAUAGACAGCAUGAUAAAACAUUUGAUGAACCAAAAGCUUUUCGUCAUUUUCAUGAAACAAUGACAUAG